CACCACAACUAGUCUUUUCAACACUUCUCUAAUAAAAUGAUGAAGUUAUCAUUGACAAAGAUUCAAGUUCUAAAUCUUUCAUUUGCAGUUCUUUUAACCCUAACUCUUCUUAUUCAUACACUCUUAUCUUUCUCACAUCUUCUUGAUAUUCUAUCAGAAAACUUGUUACUUUCAUUAUCAUGCACUUGGUGCAUAUUCAUAUCAUGUUUCUUUUACUAUAAAACACGUCCUUACCCUACUUUACUCCUAGAUUACUCGUGUUUUAAACCAAACUUUGAUCGUAAAUGCAGUUAUGAAGUAGCUGAAUAUUUUGUUCGUCGUAGUAAAAGAUUUACGAAAAUAAGUGAAGAGUUUAUGCGUGGGAUUUAUUUGAAAUCGGGUCUUGGAGACGAAACAUAUGUACCACCUUUCAUCUUUGAACAUGAUUAUGAAGCUAAGUUAACUUCAGCUCUUCAAGAAGCCGAAGAAGGUAUGUUUGCAUCCAUCGACUCACUUCUAGAGAAAACCAAGAUCGACCCAAAAGAUAUUACAGUUUUGAUCGUAACGUGCGGCAGCUUCACACCGGUUCCAUCGUUAACAUCGCUCGUGGUUAAUAAGUAUAAUCUGAAUCCAAACAUCAAAACUUAUAACCUUAGUGGUAUGGGGUGUAGUUCUGGUGUUAUGAGUAUUGAUCUAGCUUCUAAGGUUUUAAGCAGUAGUACUGAUAUCGGGUACGCCUUAACAGUUGUUACUGAAAGUAUUAGUUUGGGUUGGUAUUUUGGUGAUAAUCGUUCAAUGCUAGUCACAAACUGCAUAUUUCGUGUUGGGUGUGCAGCUGCUAUAGUUACUAAUGACCCGAAGAAAAAACGAGUUGCAAAAUUUGAACUCAUUAACUCGUUAAGAACCCAUCAUGGCGCUGAUGACUCGGCUUAUAGAGCAGCUUUUCAAGAAGAAGAUGAAAUGGGAGAAGUUGGGGUUUCUCUUACUAAAGAUUUGAUAAGAGUUGCUGGUGUUAAUUUACGUCAACAUAUUAAAACUCUAGCUCCACGAGUUUUACCACUGAGUCAACUCGUUAUGUAUGCGUACUCGGUUCUUAUGUCCGUUUUAUCGAAAGGAGAAUCGAAACCAACUGUGCCUGAUUUUAUGACUGCAUUUGAGCAUGCUUGUAUUCAUACUGGUGGGAAAGCUGUGAUUGAACAAGUUGCAAGGGUUUUACGGCUGGAUGAUGACGUGACUGAGCCGGCUCGGAUGUGUUUACACCGGUUUGGGAAUACUUCUAGUAGUCUUGUGUUUUAUGAGUUGGCUUAUUUUGAAGCUAAGAAAAGGAUGAACAAAGGUGACAAGACUUGGGUGCUGGCAUUUGGGACUGGUUUCAAAGUUUGCAGUCUUGUACUAAAAUCUCUUAGAGAUUCUUCAAGUGAUAUUGAACAUGAUAAUCCAUGGAAGGAUUGUCUUCAUAGAUAUCCACUGAAAGCUUGGUAGAGAAAGACCGAGGGGAUAGCAUGGUAAAAGAAAAUGAAAAUUACUUCCAAUAAAACAGUAAGAAAGUCACAAAGAAACUGUGAAGUUUACCAAAACAAAAGGGGGGUGACAAGGAGAAGAUUUACAUGGAAUGGUUGUUUAAUAUUAAAUUUUACUGUAAUUAAAUUUACAAUGAUAGUUUUGAGUGUUGAUUGAUAAUACUAGUUGCUAUAAAUUUCCAGAAAUAUAUUUUACCCUUUUUUAACGCAAAAA